AUGUGCAGUUUCCGUUGCAGAAACCGAGCACUAUCGUUCCUCCGGUAAGUCCUACUCUUGUUGCCCUAUGCAUCUGUACUUUGCAAACGAACCAUUGUUUUGUCCGAUUCAGUCUUAGCACGUUGGAUAACUGUUUCUUCCCGCCGGCCUUUUGCUCGUGGUAACUUCUGACAACUGUACAACUGUUGUACAACUUUUUUUUUCAGUAGUAUGGCCCGUGUGCUUCUAAGGCAGCUGCGCUCUCUCUCCUCGGAGUCUGUGACUUCUUUGACGCAACGUCUGCAGAAGACGGUGGAUAGUUGGCCGGCAGAUCUCUCAAAGGGCGAGCGCGACGUUCGUAUCCACCUGCGGAGGCGUUGUCAAGAGCUUCUGACGGCCCUGCAGCAGGAUCCAGUCAAGACCACCCCGUUAGUGGAGGAGGAGAUUGUCAGCCUAACGCGCCUCAUGCAGAACCAUCAUCGUGGCCAGCAUGGAGUGCCUAACGGGCUGGGGGCCAGCGAGCAGGUCGGAGGGGCUCCCCUUAUCGGGGCUACAGGACUCAGUCUUCCCGAGAUCUCCAGGAUCCUGAACGCUGGGGAUCAGAAUAUUCCAAAAAGGUCUCUGUGGUCCAGGGUGUGGAGCUUUUUCAGCUAA